AUGUCAAAGCUGAAAGUCCUCAAGCAUAUUGUAGACGCGCGAGUCGGAGAAUUGAACGCUGAGAAUAAUAUCUUCUGUCUACGCAACAGUUGUCCAAUCAGGGAGCCUUCUCCUGAAACAGGUCGAUACCAACGGGUGUUCAAACUCCAGGAAGAAGCCCGGAACAUUGCUAGUGAGAUCGACCACCGUAUGAAGCGUUAUGCAGCGGCGCAGUGUCUCCCCACCUGCACUAUGGUCUGCGACAAACUUCCCCGCGAACUUCGCGACAUGACAUACAAAUACAUCAUCGGGGAGUCGAUCGUGAAGAUUGAUAAGGAGGUACUGGCGAGUUUCCUCUUUUGUUCUGAAGUCGGAUUCACCCCCAUGUUCCCCGCAGGGUUCACGAAUCGCACCAACAUUGCCUACGAGCACCUCUGGGAUCAAGACUACUCCGGCAAGCUCUUCUACUCGGAGCUUAUCGAGGCCUGGUACCGCAAUACAACAUUCUCCUUCGUGGAAUGUCGUCUCGUCCCUUACUUCCUCAACAAUUCGCGCUUCGGCUACGGAGUAAAACCGCGAGAGUGGGUGCGCAAGAUCAAAAUCAUCAGGAUUACGACAACAGAGAGCGUCCUCUCUAUAUACAGGGGAGAAGAGAAGGCAUAUAACAUCAAGACCGGCGAUCUCGAUAAUCUCAAAGAUCUGCCCAAGCUAACGCGUGUUAUAUUUGACUUUGAUGCAGCUUUUUCGUCACUCCCUACGUAUCACGACAAUUACAGGCGAUUUGUUUUAACGGAUCUGAAGGGGAUGUUUCCGAAGAUUCAUGAUCUACUAGAUAGGGAGUGUAGGGUAUCGAUAAUGUUCUCCAGUAUGGGGCCGCUCGAGAUGCGAAGGGAUGAGCUUACUUCUCAAAUAUGGGAGGAUAAGCUGGAGGCUAUCAGGCCUGAUUAA